AUGUUGUACCUUUCGUCAAUUUCAAAAUCACUGGAUCGAGAGGAUAUCGGAGACGUGUGCGCGAAACUUGUAGUUUUAGAUUGUCAGAAAGGUUUGCAUGAGCAUCAAAAAAGUUUGUGCAGUAUUCUACACAGGAUAGCGAGCCUUAGCUCAUCAGUGGAUUUUGAUUUCAUCGAGCACGCGCUUAAAAUUAUUCUGCGAAAUUUGCAAAACGCCGAAGAGGAAUGCUUCGCGUUGCUGCUCGCCAAUUGUAAUCCGGCUGGAAUUGUGUUUGCCGAUUUUCUACUUAGACAUCGGAAUCGCCAAUUGAGCCAUCAAGAAGUUGAGAGGAUCGCCUCGGCAAGCAACUUCCCACUCGACCGAAUAGCGGCCCUUUCGCGCCUUAUUCGAUAUUCGAAGCAUGAAAAAACGGCAAAGAAUCUUGUGAUGAAGCAACUUGAGAAUGUCAACGUCUCCAGUGAAUUUCCGCUUCGAUUUCUCACGGAAUUGGCGUAUUUUGAUGUUGGGCACCCAAUUAUAAUUCUGAAUGAUCUCGCUAGCACCUCAAAGGCCACACUAUUCCCAUCUGUCUACUCGCUUCCGUUCCAAUUCGACAUUCUUGCCACCGGCUUUUGUAAUUUUGUGCCGAAAUAUCAAUCGCGCGACGGCGACCCACUAUUACCAUUAAUAAUGCGAAUUUUUCAAAUAACUGAAGAGAUUCAACUAGGCGAAGAGCAUAUUUCAAAAUUGGCGGAGAUGGACAUCGUUGUGUAUGAGCCACAAAUUGUCGCGGUGAUAAUUGAUUUGAUUCGACGCGACAUUAAAGCGGAGGAGUUCCAGAAUGAAUUAGGCGAUAUUUGGACGAUAUUAUACCGAAUAAGAUAUGAUAAUAUUUAUAACGCCGCCGCCUAUUUUUGUGCACUAUUUACGCUAGCACGGGCUCAAGCAUUAUUCAAAAUUAAAAAGCGGCUAAUGUUGAUGGUUCGCGAUACCAUUCUUAAACCAUUGCACGAACAAAUUGUCGAUUUUAAACAAGCUGGUGGUUGUGAGAAGAUGGUUCGGGCCGAAGAAUGCCUCGGUUCGGAAAUGUUUGAAACAGUGGUUUACAGUUAUAAAGUAGCCAUGGAAGCGGUUAACACGUUUUUAAAUUCGCCAUAA